CUCCUCCAGUCUGUGGGCUGGAGAACAGACUUGCUUGAGAUUGUUUUGAUGGGACGGUGGCGGAGCCAUCUUGUUUUAUAUCCGUGCUAAGCCCGUAUACCGAGCCAGAGGAAACAGCCCUGGAAUAUGACACUACAUCCCGACCCUAGCCAACUGAAAUAAACACAUCCGAGUGUCGAAGCUUGUUUCUGAUCGACGGAAUACACACAGAAAGCGGAAUCGGCUGUUCGUUGCGAUUUAUUUCUCAACAUCGGCGGCUGGUGCUUUAACUGCAUUUUCUCUCGCACAUUUUCUCAGGUGUAAGACACUAUGAAUGGAGGAUAAAUGUGGCCGAAGGCUGACAGCGGUGGUUUUGUGCUUCUCCUCUUCAUUCUGACAGUAACAGAUCCGUCACGGACAGGUCCACGGCUCGCUCUGGCCAGACUGUUGCCAGAUCAGCGCUGCAGUCCUGGCCAGUUUACCUGCCGGAGCGGAAAAAUGCAGUGCAUCCCUCUGUCCUGGCAGUGCGAUGGAUGGACGGCCUGUGAGGACAAAAGCGAUGAGAUAGAUUGCCCUACAAUAAAGGAGGAGCGGUAUCGUUACAGCAAUGGUUUUGAGCCGGUGGAGGACGUCAUGGGAGUCGCUCAGCCAGUGCGCUUCAACAGGAAGUGUCCGAGCGGCUGGCACCACUAUGAAAAAACAGCCAGCUGUUAUAAAGUCUACCUGAGGAGCGAGAACUACUGGCAGGCGGUGGAAACCUGUCAGAAGGUCAACGGCUCUCUCGCGACGUUCGGCACCAAUGAAGAGCUGCAGUUCAUCCUCAAGAUCGAGGUGGACUUCGACGAGAAAGUGUGCGAGCGAAAGGACCAGUGCAAGUUCUGGGUGGGAUAUCAGUAUGUGAUUACCAACCAGAAUCAUUCGCUCGAGGGCCGUUGGGAAGUGGCAUAUAAAGGAUCCAUGCAGGUGUUUUUGCCUCCGGAGGGUCUGGCUAAUUUCGGCGAGGCGAACCCCACCCAGGAUAAUGUAUUCUGUGCCCAGCUGCAGCGUUUUCAGAUCAAGAGCAUGAAUGAGCGGGGCUUGCACAGCUGGCACGCCGAAAACUGCUACAAAAAAUUCCCCUUCCUCUGCAAGAGAAGACAAACGUGUGUGGACAUCAAAGACAACGUGGUGACCGAGGGCUAUUAUUUCACACCUAAAGGGGACGACCCGUGUCUGAGCUGCACGUGCCACGAAGGAGAGCCGGAGAUGUGUGUGGCCGCCUUGUGUGAGCGCCCGCAGGGCUGCCAGCAUUUCCGCAAGGACCCUAAAGAGUGUUGCAAGUUCACCUGCUUGGAUCCCGAUGGUAGCAGUCUGUUUGACUCUAUGGCCAGCGGUAUGAGGCUCAUCGUGAGCUGCAUCUCAUCCUUCCUCAUCCUCUCGCUAUUGCUCUUCAUGGUGCACAGACUGAGACAGCGCCGGAGGGAACGCAUCGAAACCCUCAUUGGAGGAAACCUGCACCAUUUUAAUCUGGGGCGGAGGGUCCCUGGCUUUGACUACGGGCCGGAUGUGUUCGGGACGGGCCUGACGCCUCUGCACCUCUCUGAUGAUGGUGAAGGUGGAGCUUUUCACUUCCAGGAGCCUCCACCCCCUUAUGCUGCUUACAAAUACCCAGAUAUCCACCACCCCGAUGACCCUCCUCCUCCAUAUGAGGCCUCCAUCAACCCAGACAGCAUCCUCUACAUGGACCUUGGACGGACCAGUGUUCCGCUGGCGACUGGUCUCAUGAGUGGCGCGGUCGACUCUCUCCAGAGGGAUUUCCCCGAGCCUGCGCUCCCCGCCCCGCCACCGCCGCCCCCCCUGGAGGAGCGCGAGGACUCCAUCGACAGCAGCACCCUGCUGGUGUCUCCAGACACCCACAGCGAAUCAGAGAGCAGCAUCACGCAGAGCUCCACCGCAGACUGCAGCGGCCCCUCGCUCAGCACCGUGGUGUAGGGCACAUCAUAGGAUCAUUGGGUACAUGUCAAGACUUUACUAACUGAAGGUGUUGGAAGCUGUAGGACUCAAGGACGAUUUCCUGUUUAGAGCAAAGACUUCAGACACGAAUGAAAAGACACUUGUUUCGGGGUUUUAUUCAGCGGUUUUUCAGCUUGAGCGUCACAUGUAAAGAGGGCCAGUAAAGCACCUCUCUGUGAGGUUUACACUGACAUGUGUCGAUCACCACACUUUGAACGAAUGAACCGGUUGACAAACAGACUUUUUAGGCCUUAGUGGUGUAAUCAAGACGACCUGACGUUCUCUCACUGGAAUCGUGUCCCGCACACUGACUCUUUCCUGGCACAAAGAAGCUAUUUUUCCUUGACUCAUUACUGCUCUGUCCAAACUGACCCUUCGGAACCUUUUCUUGGGUGAUCGUUCACUUGUCCGUCUCUACGGGAAGGAUCCGUUUGGAUGUGAGUGAUACCAUAUUAUUAUCUGGAGUUCUGUGAUGUCUGGUUUUUACAUUUCUGUCUGUCGGAUCAGUAGCACAAACUAAAAAAACAAAGAAAAAAAUGUGAUUCUUUUAGAUGGAGGUACGAAUUUCAGCCACUUUGAAGUGUUCUGCUGUGGCAUGGUGAUGCAAAUCCAUCGCCUUGUUUUUGGAAAAGAAUGUCAUCACCAGCCUAGAAGCUUGUGAGAUUCUUUUGGGAGGUGAACUUUGUCGAAAAAUGGACUUUGGUGUGUCAACAGUGUCACAUUUGAUCAAGUCUAAAAAGGUAAAUCUCAUAAAAGUUGUGAAGAAAUGACCCGUUUUCACGAAAGACAAAAAUAAGAGAUUAUAUUUUGCAUAGAAACAUAUUAAACCAUUUCUUUUUUGCAUCCUGACAUUAUUUUCAUGGCACUCAAACGCACCAAAACUACUUAAAAAUGUUCAGUGGUCCACAAUAUUUCAAACAAUAUUCACACAAUAUUUCAUGACCAUAAUGCUGAAACAAUAAAUACUAAAAUUUAAAAAGAAUUUACUUGCGCGCGCACA